AUGGUGCGUAAAUCGAUACUGGUGUACGAUCUGCUGAGAACAGAACAACCGGAAGAAGGCUUCACCGAAAAGGAGAUCGUCCAACAGAUCAGCAACAAGCUCGACAUAUCAGCUGGAAAAGGACUUAGGAAGCAGGUGACUGUGGCUCUUCGUCGUGGACUCGAUUUUGGCAUCCUUACCAGGAGUAACAAUAAAUUUAGAUUUGAUCCGGACGGAGCAAAAACUACCACUUUGAACCGCGAAGCACCAUCACGACAGACUCGAAGGAAGACCAAGAAAGAGGUAAAGAAGACGGUGAGGUCGAGGCAACGAUCGAAUGUCCGGGGGAAUAAAAAUCGCAGAACAAAUCGGCCAGUGCCGCAACCGAAAUUGCCAAAGUCUUGGACACCAAACAAGAGGAACCUCAAUGACGAGCCCGUGCCGAAAGUGAAGAAAAUUUAA